AUGGGGAGGAAAGAGAGCUGGCUUUCAUCAGUAAAGAAAGCCCUCAGUGCCAAUUCCAGGAAAAAGAAAGCCCAGAAAGGAAGUAAAUCAAAAAAGAAAUGGUUUGGGAAAGAAAAGCCUUCAGUUUCAGACUUUCCGAUUCUGGAGGCUACCCAAGUACAUCAUCCUUCCUUGGAAGAUGUGAAAGUGGCUGAAGUGGAAAAUGAGCAGACAGAACAUGCUUACUCUGUUGAGGUUGCUACUGCUACAGCAGCUGAAGCGGCUGUAGCAGCUGCACAGGCUGCUGCCAAGGUCGUUCGACUUACUACAGCGACUCAAUUCACUGGAAAAUCAGAGGAGGAUGUGGCAGCUAUCAGAAUCCAGACUGCUUUCCGUGGUUACCAGGCAAGGGGAGCAUUGCGGGCUUUGAGAGGUCUUGUCAGACUAAAAUCACUCGUUGAUGGGCCAACGGUCAAACGCCAAACUACAAACACUCUGAAAUGCAUGCAAACUGUAUCCCGAGUGCAGUCUCAGAUUCAGUCCAGAAGGAUCAAGAUGUCAGAGGAAAAUCGGGCACUCCAGAGACAGCUUCUACAGAAACAUGCAAAGGAGAUUGAGAGCUUCAGGAUGGGGGAGGAGUGGGAUGAUAGUCUACAAUCAAAAGAGAAAAUAGAGGCAAAUUUACUGCACAAGUAUGAAGCUACUAUGAGGCGAGAAAGAGCACUAGCUUAUUCGUAUACUCAUCAGCAAACCUGGAAGAAGAUGUCGAGGUCAGCAAACUUACUGUUCAUGGACCCAGCUAAUCCUCACUGGGGUUGGAGCUGGUUAGAGCGAUGGAUGGCCUCCCGGUCAUGCGAGGCACAAAGCACAGCUGACAAGGAACUCAAUAGUGAUUGCUUUUCCAUCAAAAGUGCAAUCCCGAGCAUUGCUGGAGGAGAAAUAACCAAGUCUUUCGUUAGACAUCAGCUAAACUCUGAUAACACGUCUUCACCAGUCAACCAAAAACCAGCUCGUCCUGCCAGCCACCUGUCCCCAACAACUCCCCGGUCAAAGACAGCGUCUUCAGUUGCCAAUAGGGCAUUAAAACAAGCUAGUCCAAAGGGGAUUGGAACAAGUCAAGACAAUGAUACGAGGAGUAUGCUCAGUUUGCAAUCAGAAAGGAACAGGAGGCACAGCAUUGCUGGAUCGUCCAUUAGAGAUGACGAGAGUUUGGCAAGUUCUCCAUCGGUGCCAAGUUACAUGGCACCGACACGGUCGGCCAAGGCCAAGCUGAGGUUGUCGAGUCCACUAGUAGUCGAGAAUGGUCAGGUAGAGAACACACCAGCAGGAUCAGUGAAGAAACGUAUUUCUUUCCCAAUUUCACCAACCCGACCAAGGCGGCAUUCUGGCCCACCAAAGAUCGAAAGCAGCUCCUCCAUUGCUGACAAUGAUCAAGUGAAUGGAGUGAUCAAAUGA